AUGUCUCCUCCGACGCAUUUCAAGCUCAACACCGGCACACAAAUACCUGCUGUCGGACUAGGAACAUGGAAGUCUGAACCAGGAGAGGUUCGAAAAGCCGUAUCAUUUGCCUUGAAGGAUGGAUACCGACACAUCGAUGCAGCUCUGAUCUAUGGCAACGAGAACGAAGUUGGUCAAGGUAUCAAAGACAGCGGCGUUCCUCGCGAACAAAUCUUCGUGACCAGCAAGCUGUGGAAUACACAUCAGCCAAACGUGAAAGAAGGCUUGCGAAAAUCACUUGAUGCUUUAGGCCUCGAUUACCUUGAUCUGUAUCUGAUUCACUGGCCUGUACGACUCGUGCCAAAUGACACAAGUGAUACCCUCCCAACCAAUCCAGAUGGUAGCCGCGCUGUAGACAGAUCAUGGGAUCAGAGUGAGACAUGGAGACAGAUGGAAGAAGUGUACAGAGAAGGUAAAGUUCGUGCCAUUGGUGUCGCAAACUGGUCGAUACCAUACCUAGAAGAGCUCAGCAAGAAAUGGACAGUGGUACCAGCAGUAAAUCAGGUCGAGCUACAUCCAUUUCUGCCGCAGCAUGAGUUGCGAGAGUACUGUGCCAAGCAUGGAAUACUGCUAGAAGCGUACUCUCCCCUAGGCUCAACAGGCGCACCACUCAUGUCAGAUCCUGAUAUUCGACAGAUAGCCGAGAAGAACGACGUGUCAGCGGCCACAAUUCUGCUCAGCUACCACGUCAGCAAAGGUGUUGUGGUAAUUCCAAAGUCUGUCACAGAGAAGAGAAUAAGCAGUAACAAGGAGACCGUCACAUUGUCGAAGGAGGACUUAGCUGUGCUUGAUGAGCUAGCUGCGAAAGGCAAAGCCAAACGUAUCAACACACCUCUGUUCGGGUGGGAUCUUGGUUUCGCUGACUGGUACGGACCUGUUCAGAGCAAAUGA